AUGUCUUCUCAGUUCUAUGGGGACGAGUCCACAGUCCCAAAGGUCGGAGAAGUUAUCAAUAAUUAUUCCCUUGAGAAGAUUCUUGACAACACCAAGAACUCCAUUGUAUUCCUUGCUAAGAACAUAAAAGACAACGAAAAAGUUGCCAUCAAGUUCAUCAAAUACAGAAAAGCAGCCAUUAGCAGAGUAGAUGCCGAGAUCGAACUUAUGUCCAACUGCAAAUGCCCUUUUAUUAUCCAGGCAAGGGAAAUUUUCGACUAUCUUCCAUACAAGUGCCUUGUCAUGCCACUUGCUAUGUCAGAUAUGAACAACAUCCUUCACUGCGCAGAGAAUCAUCGUCUUGAUGAAGAUUUGGUCAAGGAAGUUAUUAGAUCAGCUUUAUUAGCUCUGAAAUACUUGCACGACAACCAAAUCUGCCACCGUGAUAUCAAACCAGAUAAUCUUCUCUAUCUCGGCGAAGAGGAAGAAGAAGCUGUUCAACUUACAGAUCUUGGUUUUGCCACAAAAGUCGAAAGUAACCAGCUUUGCAACGAAUAUGUCGGCACACUUAACUAUGCCGCCCCAGAAAUCAUUUCCGGCAAGCCAUACGAUAAAUCUAUCGACAUUUGGUCGUUAGGCGUUUCCAUGUAUACAUUAUUGAGCGGAUCCAACCCAUUCCCAUCUAACCCUGAGAGUACUCUCAGACGCUGCAUCCAGAAUGGAGCUUACUUAUUCCCUGCUUCCAAGUGGAAAGGCAUUUCUAGAGAAGCAAAGGAUUUAAUAUCCCAUAUGAUCAAAGUAGAUCCAUUGGAGCGUUACACUGUUAACCAGUGUCUCGAUCACAAGUGGUUCUCAUCCAUUCCACACUCAAAGAGUUGGCAUAAUCUUAAUCUUAAUCUUAAUCCAAAUACAUAUUGUUAA